CUUUUCAGCCCCUUUCAAAAUAACUCACUGUCAUCAUCAUUGGAAAAACGGCUCUGCCUGGACGGGACUAAUUAUUUAAACUCGGCGGAGGAGUGAUUAGAUCGAAGAAAAAAAAAAAGAAAGAAAAAAAGAUUAAACGACAGACAGAGAAACGACAGGGCCCUUUGGACACUGAGCACCCUUGGGCCUGUCUGUCAAGUAGACAUGUUUCAAACUGUCCCUGACACGUCGUCUUACGUCAAGGUAAGACACCACCGUCUCUUCGAGCAGGAGGCGCUAUCAGUGGUGAGUGAAGACCAGUCCUUAUUUGAGCCUCCGUACGCUGCUGCUGCCCCUCUCCCCAAGACAGACAUGACUGCAUCUGGCACACAGGACUACGGCCAGACCCACAAAAUCAACCCCUUACCCCCACAGCAGGAGUGGAUCAACCAGCCAGUGCGGGUCAACGUCAAGAGAGAAUAUGAGCACAUGAAUGGAUCCAGCAGGGAGUCUCCAGUGGACUGCAGUGUGGGUAAAUGUAAUAAGCUGGUGGGGGGUAACGACACAUCACAGAUGAACUAUGGAAACUACAUGGAUGAGAAGAAUGCCCCUCCCCCCAACAUGACCACCAAUGAGCGGAGAGUCAUUGUACCUGCAGACCCGUCGUUGUGGUCCCAUGACCAUGUGCGCCAGUGGCUUGAGUGGGCCAUCAAGGAGUACGGCCUGUUAGAGAUUGACACGGCCAUGUUUCAGAACACAGACGGCAAAGAGCUCUGCAAGAUGGGCAAGGACGACUUCCUCCGGCUCACCACCAUGUACAAUGCCGAAGUGCUUCUCUCUCAUCUCAAUUACCUCAGGGAAAGUAGCUCAUCAUUAUCCUACAAUACGCCAUCUCACACAGACCCUUCCCCACGCCUGGCUGCCAAAGAAGACCCUUCAUAUGAUGCUGUACGGCGGACAGGAUGGUCAAACAACAUGCACAGUGGCAAAGGCUCACCAGUGGUUACUCAGAAUGUGACCAAGUCCACUGAGCAGCCCAGAGCUCAGCCAGAUCCUUACCAGAUUCUGGGUCCCACUAGUAGUCGCCUAGCCAAUCCAGGUUCAGGUCAGAUCCAACUGUGGCAGUUCCUUCUGGAGCUCCUGUCUGACAGUGCCAACGCUGGCUGCAUCACCUGGGAGGGAACCAACGGCGAGUUCAAGAUGACGGACCCGGAUGAAGUGGCACGGCGCUGGGGUGAGCGUAAGAGCAAGCCCAACAUGAACUACGACAAGCUGAGCCGCGCGCUGCGCUACUACUACGACAAAAAUAUCAUGACCAAGGUGCAUGGCAAGCGCUACGCCUACAAGUUCGACUUCCACGGUAUUGCUCAGGCACUGCAGCCGCACCCCACCGAGUCCUCCAUGUAUAAGUACCCCUCGGACCUAGCCUAUGUACCUUCCUACCACGCCCACCAGCAGAAGGUCAACUUUGUAUCACCACACCCUCCAUCCAUGCCUGUCACCUCCUCCAAUUUCUUUGGACCCACUGCUCCAUACUGGAGUUCACCCACUGCAGGAAUCUACCCCAACCCAAAUGUUCCUCGCCACCCAAACACCCACGUGCCGUCCCACCUGGGUAGUUACUAUUAGACACCCCACUCUGACGCCCUACGACCCUCUUAAACCUCCCUUGUCCCACAAUUGCUGACCUGCACUCCUAAUGAUGCCGAACCAAUGAAGACUGAGUUAAUAGAGGCAUUUGUCCUCUGAAGAAAUCCUAAAUGAAGGAUGGUCAAAAUUGAAGAAGAUCUUUUUUUAUUUCUAAGAAUUGAUAAACAACUGGAUGCUAUGCUCCAAAAUGGAAUACUACUUAUCUUUACAAGACUAGCAAUUGUUUGUAUAUGUUUUUUGGACAUGCGUCUGAGUUUCCUGUGCCUUUCUCUUUCCCAUCCUCCAGAAAGCUGCACCUACUGGUGUCCUUUCCAAAACCUUCCAAAAACAAAGCCCGUGGACAGGGAGAACAACUCGAGUCUGUGUGUCUCCUCACCACGCUACAGUACCAGACAUGGGCCUAUUAUUUAUGGGUCUCAAUCUACAUCCUCCUCAGUACAUUAUAUACAUUAUGCUUCAAAGCAUCGGCCUUUUCCGCUCGUCUACAGCCAUGUCAGGGUUUCUUAUUCCCACCACAUCUAGCCUUCUGUUUCCACUGUCUCCCUCUGCUCAUCUGUCCAUCUGCAUCUUUUUAUGUGUGUGUGGAGAGUCUUCUGGAAUUCGCUGGACAAGGAGGAGCUCUCAAAGAGAUGGACUUUUCUCAGCACUGAAUGAAAUUUGGCAACUGGAAUAUGCCAUUCACAAUUUAAUUUAUCCUCCAAACUGGAAGGCUAGAGAAGAGUUAAAUGCUGGAGAAGGAAGCGCUGUAUGUUUUGCUGACCUGGGUCAAAUCGGUUACUUAAAAUUUUUUCUGUGUGUUGUGUGUGGAGUUCAACAACAUGUACAGUUGACUCGACUGUGCUGGGGAAGCUGAGUCAACAUGUAAUUGAAGUAAUUUGCAACAAUAAUUCCACCCAGGUCAGAUGUUUUCAGGGGGCCACACACUAGGCUAUCCAAUGUUUGCCAUGUUGUUGCCUUUCAGCCAUGCCAUUUCCAGAUGUUUUGUCGCUCGACCAUGUCAGUAUUAAUGUGAAUGUCUUCUGGUUUGUGAAAUGCGUAAAAAGGGAUACCCUGCAGCAAAAUCAAAAUUUGUCAGAUGUUUUCAUUUAGUUUUAGUUAAAAAAAAAAAAUCCUUUAUUUUUAACACCAUUUUUGCUGCACACAUCUGAAUCUAAAACAUGAACGUGCCUAUCUCUUUUUGCAGAAUAAGACUGAAUAUUGUUUGGAUGUCUUUUUUAUCCAAAGUGCCUUACAGUGCCAUGAGUGCAUCCGAUUUUAUUAUAUGGCAUAAUAAGAAACCUAACCCUCACAGUGCCUUAACUGCUGUUUUAUACCAUAUAUUUUCUAUUAUAGAUGGAACAGCAUUACAUCCUUAAAUACAUAGCAUACAUAAUCAUCAUCUCCAUGUCAUCACCAGGAAUCUGACAAUUUUUGAUUUUGAAGUGCCACGCUGUCUCCUUCCUCUUUGUAGGCCAGUCAGGACCGUAUAGGUCAGCACAGAGAAGUGGCUUAGCAAUAAGUCAUGUUAAUAGACAGUUAGGUUGCAUUUUACCAGGGCUGGAUCCUAGUUUGAGAGCAGCAUGUGUGUCUGAAUGUUAGUUUCUCACUGAUCUAAAGCCCAGCAAAAUGCACGUGAAUCUCAAGUCAGGAUUUCAUCAUCAUGUAACAGUAUUGUGUCAAAACAUAUCCAUCUUCAGGUGUUCAAAGCUGUUAAUAGCAAAAGUAUUCCUUUUGAAAAUAAAUUACUUGGGACUAAGUAGUUUAUCCGAGAACAAAACCAACAAAGUAUGACGAGAUGAAACAAAGAAAUCCUCAGAUUCGCAAACGCUGUGCGUUUGUCAGACCUAUUUUUUAUUAUUUUAUAAGCAUCAGACAACUAGGCAUUAAAGCAACUUACUGUAUAAAUUAUGCAGAGUUAUUUUCAUAUGUGACACAGUAUAAAAAGUCAAGAGAAUUAAUACGAGUUGACCUCGGUCAAAAAUGCAAACCUUUAAAGUCCAUUUCUGCUAAGUAGUUUGUUCAGCAUUUUUAAGCGUUUUUAUAUCUGUACAUUUGGGCAAUACAUUUUAACAUUUUUAUUUUCUUUUAAUUGUUAUUAUUUCUGAAAUUCGGCUGUAACAUCCUGAGUGCCUUUAUGCACACAAGGUAUUUUCUUGUAUCCCCAAAACCACAAGUGCCUGCUUGAAUCAUAAUCCAAUAGCCAGGGAUUCCUUUACUCUAUAUGCAACAUGUGAUUAUGAUGGUUCUUUUCCAUUGUGAAUCACCUUUUAUGCCAAAUGGCCCUGGAAUUGGUGGCUUUUCCUGUGCAUUAAAGAAUUUCAGGUAUUUUAUGCAAAAUAAUACAAACAGUAUUAAUAUCCACAACCAGCUUCUCCGGAAAAAUUAUAGCUUUAAAAACAACAAAUAAAGAGGGAACAUGUAAUUUGUAGCAUAAAGAAAUUAUUCAAAUGUACCCUUACUUUCCAUGUUUCACAAGCAUUAUCAAUGAAAAGGGAUCUGUGCUACUUCGUAUAUGCAAUGUAUUUUGGAUAUCAAAUAUAUAUAUAUAUGUGUAUAAUUUUACAAUUAACCAAUGUAUUAUUAUUAUUGUCAUUCCUGCAAUGUAUGAAGUAAUACCUUUUGAAAAAGGACUUUUGUAUAGGAAAAUGUGACAAAAUAAAUGUUUUUACCUCUCA